UUCGACAAUCUUCUCAAACACUUGAAAUCAUCCACAUAAACAAAAAUAAUAUUCACUAACAUAUAUUUACAUAUAGCCUUCGCCUAGGCUCGAAAUUGCCACAAUGGCAAUGGCACCCUACAACUUCUUCUUUGACGUCCUGGAUGAUUACCUAAAUGACCGUUUUUGUGACCUAGAAAUCUGCGGGCUGAUGUCCAAAUCUGAAAUGAGACCGAUUCGUUGCCACAAACUCGUGAUUUGCUCGGUCAUCCAACAUUGGAGCGAUUUCGUCACGGACGACACGGAUCGUUUGCAUCUCCCCGAUAUCGACCACGCUCAAUUGAAGCAGUUCAUCGAUGCCAUUUACCAGAAACUCACCAUCACGGUUCACACUUGGGAUGGAUUGGAUGCCGUGAUUGCGUCUUUCUUAGGUAUUUUUCAACCUUCGGCUGACCGGAAAUCCUUGCCUCGAAAACGAAAAAAGGCCAAGCCAGACUCGAAAUGUCAAGGCUGGAAAGUCAGCCCGAGCCAUGACAUUGACUCGGUGUCUAAUGUGAAAGAGGUCAAGGAUGAACCGGUUAACAUUCGGGUCAAGAUAGAGGUCAAUCCAGAUUUUGAUAUCUAUGAUGACGCCAUGGACCUGUUUGAUAGUGGUCAUUCGGCGAGCGAGGAUGACUUCGAGCACAAUAUCGAUGAAGACGAGGGUGAGGAUUAUGUAUUAGGAGGAAGGCGUUCCAUCAAGUCAGAGCUCUCCGAGGACGACGACGUUAUACCCGUGAGUCGACCUCGGCGACGCAAACGAAAAUCUAGUCAUGAAAUCCGCCGACCGGUCAAAAAGAGUAAACGAAAGAGCAAAAAGGUGUCCGACGAUGCGGCCGCAAAAUUGAGUUUGGCCGACCAAGCCUUGAGCGUCAAUCAUAACCUGAUGCAAAAAGCCAAUUCGAAUCGGUCAAUCCAACCCGAGGAAGUGCAUGAUUUGCUGAGAUCCGGGAUCGUUGGCGUGCUGAAAGUGGAUGUCACGUCAUCUCGAGUGAAAGCCUUCACAAGGCCAGUGGUUCUCAAGUCGUUGACCGAGAUGACCGACUGUUUUUUCGCUUUAGUGGGUGUUCAACAACACGACUGUGAAAUCGUGGGCAAAUCUUUAGCCUGGACCACCCAGUCCAUCCCGGACAUUGAAAAGUCUUUCAGUCAGACCAUUGAAGCGUUUCACACUGUUUUCGGUCUCCCACGGGCCCCGUUAACCAGUGCCAGUUGUUUUUAUACAUACAGUGGUCUCAAGAAGCGAUCCUUUGCCCGAGGUCUAGUCAGUGAUUUGUAUCGAAAAUUCAUGUACCAGUGCACUCGAACAGAUCUGGAGAACGAACUCAAUCAUCCCGACACCGCGCACGCCUUUACCACGCCCGAACCCGCACGCCAAGAGAUCAGUCUUCCUUUGAAAGAGUACGAAGUCACCAUGAAGCCGGAUCUGGAUCGGUUCGACGAUCUGGUCUUGGUGGGUGUGUACAAGCACGGCGUGGAGGUACGGCAAAUCAAGUUACCCGAUGAUGACCCAGAGUUCGCGGCCACGAUUUGCUCGCGUCUUCUCACAUUGAUAUGGGUGGGUGGGAGUGAUAAGCGGACAUUCCCGGAGAGUCCUGAGAUCUAUGAGGCGUUUAAGAUCAACACACGUCUCAACUACACUGGCAAAACCAUCAAGAAGCUCUUGGCGUCCAAUGAGGAAAUCCCUCGGCCGCUUCCGGUUGUCACGUGCGAGAUCUGCGGGAAACAGAUCCAAGAGAAUAUCUUCAUGAACAACAUGAUUCUACAUAAGCGCUAUCAUACCAUACAGGAUUUCAAGUGCGAGUGUGACAUCCAACUCAAAUCGUAUGCCCAAAAGAAACGCCAUUACGAAGAGUUUCAUCGUCCAGCCAAUGCCCGGAAACGGAGUUCAAAUAACCCGUCGACGGACGGCAUGAAUAUGCAGCCGCAUAUCUGCGAUAUCUGCGGCAAGGUCCUGAUUUCGUUCUCUACACUCAAAGAGCACAUUCGCCGAACUCACGCCAAUCUCCAUUGCGAGCAUUGCAACAAAGACUUUGGAUCCGCUCUUAACUUCAAGCAACAUUGGCGGAAAAAGCAUCCCCAAUUGGAAUUAGAGCUUCCGCCCAAUUGGUUCUCUUGCGACCAAUGCGAUGCAGCCUAUCCACAAAAGAUUGAUUAUCUCAAGCAUUUGGCCAUGAAUCAUGGUCCGGAAGAUAUGAAGCCCCUCAAGUGUGGCGUUUGUGCCAAAGGCUUCAGUGACAAGUCCAAAUUGAGAUAUCAUAUGUUGAAUAUGCACAUCAAGAGUCGGCCUUAUGUUUGCCGCAGUGAGGGAUGCACGGCUGCAUUCAACUUCAAUGGCAAUUUGUACGCCCACGAAAGGAAACUGCAUGGCAAAGACUUUGGCAAGACCAAGCCCUUGGAUGUGGUUUUGCCGGAGAGCCAACUGAUUGAAUUAGGCUGUCAAUUAAGGCAAAUGCCUGCUGCUGGUCAUAAUGUGCGGGAGUAAAUUUAUUGCAUUUGAA